GCUCCAAUCACCAAUUCCUUCUGCAAAAGCAGCCUCUGCAUUUUUCUGACUGAACGCUACAGCAACACUGGAGGGGCAAAGACAGAUGAGAGGGCAGGAGAAAUGUGAAAAAGGCUGAGGAAAUGUGACAAUCUAACGAUCAUUUUCAUGGCGAGGGGGAAACUGGAGCGAAAGGAGUUAUUCUGGGACUCCUUUGAGCCUCGAAACGCUGGAUCAAAAUGCUCAUAGUGGAGAAGACCACAGACUUCCCCUCUGCUGAGUUCUCUCUAGUGGAGGAUGUGGCUCUGCACUUCACCUGUUUGAUGGACAGGCUGAACGAGCAGCGUCUCUUCCAGCCUGACCUGUGCGACGUUGACAUCGUCCUGGUGCAUCAGCACAGCACCUUCCCAGCCCAUAAAGGAGUGCUGGCAGCUUAUAGCCCCUUCUUCCACUCUCUUUUUGCUCAGAGCAAACAGCUACGGCGAGUGGACUUGUCACUGGACGCCCUAACAUCUCAGGGCUUACAGCAGAUCCUCAACUUCAUCUACACCUCCAAGCUGCUGGUGAGCAGCAGCACAGUUCGUGAUGUGCUUAAUGCCGCCACCCUGCUUCAGAUGAGCGACAUUGCGGCUUCCUGCCGCGAUCUCAUCAGCAGCCACUCCUUGAGAACCACCUGCAGAGACAUGGCCAAUCAGGAGGACCCAGCUGUCGUGGCAAUGCCUCCCAGCCAGCUCUACCGGGAAAUCAAACAGGAGUCAGACCUCGGCAGGGUGUACACGAGAGAAGGCAGCAGCCCGUUCUCUGUAGGGGUGAAGGAGCUGAAGGAGGAGGGUGCAGUGGGCGUGGCCAGCAUGGGCGUGGCUGCUUCAUGUAAAGUGGAGGCCAAUGGAGAGAAGUCAAAAACAGCCUCCUUCAACAGAAACCAGAUCAUCGUAGAGGUCAACCUCAACAAUCAGACCUUGAACGUCUCAAAGGGAUCCGAGGGAUCUGCCACCGUCACGGAGUCCAUGUUUGGUCGUCGCCAUGAUGAGCAGGACUCUGAGGGCGAUGAGGACAAUGAUGCUGAAAAUAUCGGAGUUGGAGAAGAGGAUGUAGAAGUUUUAAAGAGGACGGACUUAUUGGGGCAAAGCAGUGAAGAGGAAGAUGAGGAGGAGGAGGAGGAAGAGGAGAACACUCUUAACAUUCCAGGAUUAGAGCAGCCUGUUGUUAUGGAUCGACCUCGCCGGGGCACCAGAGCCCUGACGUUGGCGGGAACCGCCGCCUCCAUGCGCCAGACGCUCGCAGAGGCCACGCUGGCCAACCAGCGGCAGGCUGGGAAGGGAACGCUGGACAUGGAGGGCCUGGGUCAAAAGGUCAGACUGGAGGAGAAACAGCACUUCCCGUGUAAGAGGUGCCCUCGCAUCUUCAACAACCGCUGGUACCUGGAGAAGCACAUGAAUGUGACUCACAACCGCAUGCAGAUCUGCAGCAACUGUGGGAAACGCUUCCUUCUGGAGAGCGAGCUGCUGCUGCACCAGCAGACGGACUGUGAGAGGAGCAUUCAGUGUGUGGCAUGCGGCAAGGCCUUCAAGAAGCUGUGGUCGUUGCACGAGCACAACAAGAUCAUCCACGGCUACGCGGAGAAGAAGUUCUCAUGCGAGAUUUGCGAGAAGAAGUUUUACACCAUGGCUCAUGUCAGGAAGCACAUGGUCGCCCACACUAAGGACAUGCCGUUCACCUGUGAGACGUGUGGGAAGUCGUUCAAGCGCAGCAUGUCCCUGAAGGUUCACUCCCUCCAGCACUCGGGAGAGAAACCCUUCAAGUGUGAGAACUGCAGCGAGCGUUUCCAGUAUAAAUACCAGCUGCGUUCCCACAUGAGCAUCCACAUCGGACACAAGCAGUUUAUGUGCCAGUGGUGCGGGAAGGACUUCAAUAUGAAGCAAUACUUUGAUGAGCACAUGAAGACACACACUGGAGAGAAGCCGUACAUCUGUGAGAUCUGUGGGAAAAGCUUCACCAGCCGGCCCAACAUGAAGCGCCACCGCCGCACCCACACCGGAGAGAAGCCGUACCCGUGUGAGGUAUGCGGCCAGCGCUUCCGCUUCUCCAACAUGCUAAAAGCCCACAGGGAGAAGUGCUUCCGCGUCAGCAACCCGAUGGUCUCGGACUGCAGCAACCCCCUCGGUCUCAUCCGGCCCAUCAUGGACUCUCCCGCCACGCCCAUCACCAUGCCUGCCGCUGCCUCCAGUCCCCAGUUACCCCUACCGCCGCCUUUGUUCUCUGCUGGUAGGAUAAACUCCAACAACUAACAGAUCUUUGUAGCAUCUGAAGCACUUUGUGAGAGAAGGAGAGAUGCACCGAUGUGAUGCAGAGGAAAGAACUGAGAAAAAGGACAAUUAUUUUUACUUAAAGACAGUAGAUAACCUCAGACCAGCUCAGUCCCACUUUUAUUUGAUCAGACAUUGAUUGUAGCGUCUGCUUCAAAAUAAUUUUCUCUCAAAUAGAAAUAAGGACUUUUUUUAAAGUGUUUGCCAAAAUGUAGCGAGCAGCUCUGGUUUGACCCAGCAUUAACCAAAAGCUGAACGUGUACAUGUGUGUCACCUCCAAUAAUCCAACCUGCUAUAGGGAAAAUAACAUUACAUUACAUUAAUAUCUGAACCUGCACCUUCAGUUUAACUGCACUCAUAUUUAAAAUGUACUCCUAACUGUUUCAUCUGAUAUAAUUGUGAUUGUGUGUAACUCGUGGCACGUUUCUAAGAGAAGUUUGAGGUGUGUGUGUGUGUGUGUGUGUGUGUGUGUGUGUGUGUGUGUGUGUGUGUGUGUGUGUGUGUGUGUGUGUGUGUGUGUGUGUGUGUGUGUGUGUGUGUGUGUGUGUGUUGGGGGUGUUAGCAUAUAAGCUAGUUCACUCUAAUCCUAAAACAUUUUGCCUGUUAGUCUACUAUCAUAAUUUACUCAAACCGGCAGUAUAGUUGCACUAUAGACCGAGUUAUAAUGUUAUUAAAAAUGUUGCAGCUUAUUCUUUUUUCAACUAAAAGUCCUUUGUAUCAUGAGAUUGCAGGAUAGAAAAAAACUUGGCUAAUUCAGCAUAUCUUGUAUAUAAUAUUCAAUUACGAUGUAGAACAGUAAAACAAUAAACCGCUUUUUUAUUAACAUAAGAUUUGUCCAUGAAGUUUGAGGCUACGUCGCUAAAGCUCCAUUUAUUAGAUUUUCUUCUUUAUAGGAUCUAAGCUCACUAUAAAGUGGACUAGUGUAGAAAGAUUAUGAACGAUUAAUAUCUCAGCCAGUGGUGUUCCAACAUUUGUCCAAUUGGGAAUAAACAUAAGCCAAAAAUAGUCCAAUUUUAACAAAAUAGGAUUAAAUUGUUUGUUUUUACAGAUAUAAAAUGGUUCUCAUCUCUUGGUCCUGAGAAUUAGUUUUGUUUAAUUAUCAGCUACAAGAACAAGAUCUGGGUCAUUUAUUUUUGUAUGUUUGGUAAAUAAUAUGCACAAGUCCGAUUUUUGGGAGGAGUUUAUCUUCCAAAAAGUUAAAUAAAAAGCAAAAAAUGUGGUUUAUAAAAACAAAAACGUUGUGUUGCAUUCAAGGUUUUCAAUUUAAAAAAUAUGCAUGCUGCAAAUUGGAGACUUCAGAUUUUUAUCUGUUGUAGAUUUCUCAUUUAACAACCUCAGUUUAAAAAAAAAGAUAUACUUAUGGCCAGAUUGACGGGCUAAUGGCUAGUUCAAGCUGGUCCAGGACUGGCGUCUGCUAUGUUUAGCUUCAGCUGCAAAGCUGUUCAUGCAAAUACAUUUUUAUAACUGUCUAAAUGUCAAAUUAUUUGUGCACAAAUAUAAUAGGUUAGAUUUCCUGUUCAAAGUGACUUGGGUUUGAUUUUUAGCAUCUAACCAGAAGCUAGCUAGUUCUAGCAUCCGACACGCAGAACUUUGUUGAUUAAAAAAAAAUGUAAAGCAUGAUAGAAACGUGUGUGCACAAACAUUACAAGACAACUAUCAUGUUGUUCCUGAUUAGACUAGCCGUUAGCUCGUCAGUGAGGUCAUAAUUUAGCUUUUUCUUCUCAGUGAGGCUGUUCAAAGAGACUUCUAUACUUAAAACCCGCCUCUGAACUUAAAAUAAAAAAAAAAUUCUCCUUAGCUAAGCUUGCAGCUGGUUAAACAAUAAACGUGUACAAGUGGUGUCACAAAUUUCCUUCAGCUCUCUCAGCCUAAUUGCAAAUAACAGUUUCAGAUGUGAUUAGAGUCUGUGUGCACUAUUGAAAAGCUCCCAAUCACCUUAAUGUAGCCCACUUGUAGUGUAGCAUUAACUCGAUAUACAGUUGUGUUUUAAUUUUUGCUGAUUAAAUAGAGAAAUGUGUCCCAUGUGCGUCUGAGCUGGUGCUACGGAAAGCCAAAGUUUCUUUAAACAUAAUAGGUUGUUUGUCAUUUUCAAUUUCAGGCUAAGUUUAGCUCUUUAUUAGUGAAAUUCAUUUCUCUGUUUUUUUUACAACAACAAUACAUAUUUCUGUUUUUUAUUAUUUAAUCUAAUUUCUUCAGGACAGAAAAAUAUGUUUAUGUGGAAAAAAUAAGUUAUGAAAAUGUCUAAGGGCUCUAGUUGUGUCUGAUCCCAGAUCUGUGCAUUUGUUACACUACCGUAGGUAUUAAACAAGAGCCUAAAUUAGUAAUGCUUAAUAAUGGUACAUUAGAGUUUUUAGACUCAUUUAAAGCACUUCUUUUGUUUGUUUGUUUUUUCUGCUUUGUACAGAAUCAAGAAUAACUCCAGUUUAGCCAUAGUGGGAAGAGAGAGAGAGAGAGAGAGAGAGAGAGAGAGAGAGAGAGAGAGAGAGAGCCAACGUUUCGCAAAUGAGCAGAAAUUUGAGCCUAUUUUUGUCAUUUAAGCCUGUUUUUGUCCAAAAGAAUAAAAAAAAACAUUUUAUUCUCAAAGUAAAAUGUGCAAAACAAGGUUAGAAACAACAAAAUUGUAUAUAAACGUGUAGCCAUACCUUAAAUGUACUUCCUGGUAUUUAAUCUGCACUAUAAGAAAUGAAAUUUUGAGUGGAAGUUUUGUGGCAACUGACUGUUGAUUCUCUAUAAGAAGCCUCUAGCUGUUAUUGGAUAAACAUUUAUUGGAUAAACAUUUGUUAUUUUAAACAUACAGAUAUCUGUUUUCCACUUUUCAGAGAAGUUUUGAUUAACUGUGGCUUGUGUAUUUGCCUUAUACUUGUAUGGAUUUAUGAAUUUUUGUUUGUUUGUGUGGAAAAUGAUAGCAGCUGAUUGUAAAGGAGAAUUAAUGGCGAACACUACUGAUUAACGCACUUUUGAUUUUGUCGUUCAUGUUUGAGUGAACGCGUAUCAUAAGUCUCCACCCACUCAAGCACCAAAUAACAGACAAUAAUAUUUUAAGAGAAGACAGUAAGGGUAAACACUACAGGAUUUAAUACCUGGGGAAUAAAUAUCAGAGGUGCGUUUUUAUUUUAGGAUCUUAAAAAUGUCUCAUUUGUUUACACAGAGGGGGAGGGGCAUAAAACACGUUUUGCAACCAGCCACUAGGGGCACUACUGAUUCUUUUCGCUUCAAAUUCUGCAUUUCAUUGUUAGUUAUUACAGAUGUUGAUGACUGAAGCAAGGUAAAACAACAACUUUAAUAAUAAUAAUAAUAAUAAUAAACUGCAGUAAGUGAUUGCUAAUUGCUUUUUAGAAAUGGAUCACAUUUCUCAGUCUAACAUCAUCCAGCACUUUGAGUAAAAAAGCCCUACUUUAGUUUUUAAGGUCAGUUAACUACAAGCCAGUGGAAACAGCUCUAUGUGUUUUUAGUUUGUGACAUUUUUAGACAAAAAAGACAAAAAAAUUAAAAGAAUGUGUGAGCAGCCAAAUUAUUUAUGUAAUAAGUAAUGUUUUGUUGAUAAGAGCACUUUAUUCUCCAAAUCGGGUUUAAAAAGUGAAACCGUAAUCUUUCUGAGGAAGGCUGCUGGUGUGUGUGUGUGUGUGUGUGUGUGUGUGUGUGUGUGUGUGUGUGUGUGUGUGUGUGUGUGUGUGUGUGUGUGUGUGUGUGUGUGUGUGCCUUCAAAUGAUCAAAGUGAGAUCGAAGUCUCAUUAAUGAGUCCCUGUUCAACGUUGUGAUCAAUCAAGAAAUCGGUCCUGAAUCGUCCAAAAGCAAAGUCAGCAGACUGUAGUCAUAUAUGAACGAACGCUAAAACGGCUCUAAGAAAUGGUCGUAUUAUUGAUGUUGUAGAGAUCACGCAGGUCGAGUGAGCUGAUCAUCUUGCUGUAAUAAGCAAAAAUGUCAUAUUUCUGUUUUAUUUUUUUUAUCCUCACCAAAAACUAAAUCAAAUCAAUCAUACUUUAUUGAAAACACACACUAAACAGUCCUUUAUGAUCUCCCAGAUUAUUAGAAAAAAAAACAUUUUAAAAUGUAAAUUAACGUUUUGAAAAUUAUGCUAAUUUUCAAAUUGGUUUUUGCACAGGAGUUUAGUUUAGUUUUUCUAUUAGCCAAAUUAUUCUUUACUAAAGCUAAGAGCCAAAGGCUUGAGUUAGUUGUAUUUGUCCUUGAAUCCAAGUUUUAUCAUAAUUAGCUGGAUGCAAACACAUCCAGCGACUCUGCAUUCUGCAUUGCAUUCACCAUAUGUCUACAUAACCUGCUGCCAUGUUUUAUUUCUAUCACAGAUUGAACAAUAGAGCGUAAGUUCUGCUCUUGUAGGCCUGCAGACUUCUCUCACUUAAUGAGAAUAUUCUUUUGAACGUUUAGCUGGGAUUGAUUUUGGCUCCUGGGCAGCACAGAUAGAUAGGAGCAGCAUGUUUAGAGCAGAGGGUGCUCAUGGGAUCGACUCUCUGGGUUACAGAAAUGGGUUUCAUUUAGUGGCCUUCACCUUCAGCUGGAGGGAAAAGUGCCAUUUUAAGAAUGAAUUUAAUCUCCUGUAAGAUGCAUUUUUGUUUAAAGAGUUUAAAGUUAUCUUGUGGUGUCAUGUUUUUGAACAUAUUUUGUGUAUUUUUUAUUUCCUUUUGGCCUGUGUUUGAUUAAAAAUGUGGAGCACCAAAAGGUCAAAAAUUAAGCCAUUUGAGUUAUUAAAAUAAAACGUGAGCUGGAAUGAUUAUUAUUUUUUUAUGAUUGUAACUGAUGGUUCUGGGUGUCUUUUUACUAAAAUGAGGCAUCUUAUUGGAUACAGGGGGCAGUCUUUUUGUCUAUUUUUCAAGAGUUUUCAUUAAUCCUUCACAAUAAGAGCCUGAGGCAUAUAUAUUUACCUGAACACAGCUAAAAAUUAUGAAAUAGUUUGGGGUUCUACCUGAGAACAGUAGUAAAGCUUGCUUUUAGCACCCCCUAGUGGUCAUUACUAAGUUAAGCAUUCGUCUUUUUAACACCUUAAUCUAACUGCUGAAAUGUUUCCUCAGCCUUCAUUAGUGUCUACAGGAGCGGUUCAUCACUAAAUAAAAAAUUUUUAAAAAUCAGCUGUGUUCACGAUCUAAAACAUGCAGGAAAUGUGCUGGAAGCAGACUCCAGGCAUGUCAGCUGCACUUUACUGAGUCCAACAGGGGCUGGACCGGCAAUUCUGAAGUUGCAAGUGCGGUAUGCUGGCAACAGACGGCGGUGAGAGCUUGAGUAACAUUUCAUAAGUAACAGAUUAUUUUAGCACAUACUGGCUCAAGAAAAUGAUUUAAAAAUAUGAAAAAGUAUGGCUUUAAUAAAACAUUUUCAGCUCCCUGAACCACCAUUUUCAAUUAUACUGAAAAAUGAUCUCACACAGUCGGGUUUUAGAGGACUUUAGUUCUGACCAUACAGAUGAACUAGCGGCUAGUAGAUUGGGGGCUACGGUGACACAGGAGUUAAGUGCUCGCCCCGUAAUCAGAAGGUUGCAGGUUCGAGCCCCGGUCACUCAGUCACUGUUGUUGUUUCCUUGGGCAAGACACUUAAUCCCCCUUGCCUGCUGGUGGUGGUCGGAGGGACCUGUGGCGCCAGCGCUCAGCAGUCUCGCCCCUGUCAGUGUGUCCCAGGGCAGCUGUGGCUACAUCGUAGCUCAUCACCAUCAGUGUGUGAAUGUGUGUGUGAAUGGGUGAACGGGUGAAUGACUGAUUGUGUUGUAAAGCGCCUUGGGGCGUCCCAGGACUCUAGAAGGCGCUAUAUCAAAUACAGGCCACUUAUCACUUACAAUAAAUUGCUGCCACAUUAAAACAAGUCAAAAAAUCUUUAUGGAAUUUUGUGUGAAUAAUUAUUAUUAUAUAAAUUCCAUUCAUAUAACAUUCCAACCGGAAGUCCUCCAGGCUGCACCGCUAGCUGCUGCGGUCAUAAUUUGCACUUAUAAAAACCACGUAGUUGUUAUAAUCAUCCAUGUGAUUUCACAUUUCUUGCUGAGUAGAGGUUCAUUAGUUUAAUUACUAAUUCCCUUUAACUUAGCCUUGUUCAUGCUGACAUUAGCACUUGUGUCCGAUCAGAGCUAGUCCUUUUUAAAACUGAUUUUCCAAAUAGCCAUCUACCACAGGUAAAAUGAUAAUUGUUUUAAAAAUAUAAGCUAGCCAGAAAUCUGUUAAUGUUUAAAUGGUUUGAGGGAAUUUCUUGGGGAAAUAAAAUCCAAGAAGAGGUAAUACUAGCAUAGAAAAAUGAAGUAAAAUCUGUUAGAUUCUUAAUUUAUUUACAACAAUUAAACACAAAUAUUAGAAUUUUGCCAGUAUUGGAGCUCCAUACAUUAUUCAAAACUUACAAGUAAACGCUGAUCAUUUAAAAUGUUGCACUUUGAAUUGCUGCUUAGAAUUUGACUCCUUUUGGGGAAAAGAUGGUGAACAUAGACCAGGUGCCGUGGUCAGCCCCCUCUUCAACGCUCCGUCAGAUUGGUCAAACUGCAGCUCUGUUCAAGAAACCCUGAUGUGUUUUGUUACUUGCUGAUUGUCUCGUCUGUGUUAUAAACACCACAGUGUGUAUCGGUCCAUUCUGCCCAACAGUGGUUGUUACAUUCGGCUGUGAUAAGCAACAAAAAACAAGGGCAGUAGUGUCUAGAGGUGCUAAUAAAUAUCAUUAGGCUGUAUUUUCGUCUUUCAUUGUAUUAUUGACCAGUGUUAACUGUCUGUAACACAGUAGAGCAUAAAGACGUCAUUUCACUAUUAAACAAUAUAAACAUAUUACUGAAAAUAUG